GCGGUCAGAAGCGGCCCCCGCUCACCGCUGAGCCCCUCCGCCGCUCCGGGGAGGACCGUGACGCCGAGCCGGACAGCCGUGUGCUCAUCAAGCGGCGCCAUCCUGCCCAAACCCAAGAAGAUCAGCAAGAGCUUCGCGGCGCUGCUGGAGGAGCACGACAUCUUCGUCCCGGAGGACGACGACGAUGACGACUGAGGGAUCCUCAGAUGAUCGUCUCUUCAUCGCUACCACGUGUCAGUGAGAUGUCCUUCCCGGAUGUCCUGCCGCUGUGACUCUGUCUGCACUGGUUUCAGGGAUUCUGCUGUUAUUUCGUAGACACACACAGGACUACCACUGCGUUUUCCUAUGGUACUGUGUUCGCAUGCACUACAGGAGUCUUAAUAAAAAAAAAAGAAAAAUCCAGCAACUGUCGGUGGGUUCUAGUGAAAGCCUUCCUGAAACUGCUAAGUCACAGAAAGAAAGAGUACAGCCUGUUUACUUCUACCUGUGAUGUUUGGACGCCCCUGAAUCAGAUGACCCAACACGCUCCACCUCGUGGAACACCAACUUUUGUACCACGUCCUUUCAGGCCGGCUAAAAAAUUUUAACCAAACUUUUAAAACGCGUCUGAUUUAUCCCAGUCAGCUCUCUCUGCUUUUCUGCCUGGCGUUCAACCUUUCAAUAAAACCGCUGGUUUCCGCUACUUUCCUGAUGCACAUCCAAGGUCCGGAGUCAGGUCUUUAAUGGGAGCCGUCUCUAUUUCUGUUUCCUUUCGUUUACCUCAGAUUAUACCUUUUAGACUUGCCAAGUCUUUUACCUUAACCCUUAUAUUAUGUUACGGGUCGAUUUGACUCAUUUCACUUUUUGUGUUGAUCAAAGUGCUGGUUAUCCUUUCUUUUUUUUUUUUUUCUUCAUGAAAUUUGGUGACUUUUCCUCAUCUGGGGUCAUGAACCUGUGUGUAAAAUCUUGUCACUUCGAUGUGUAGUGGAGUAUGUAUAUAAAGAUGAUGUUGCGGGUAAUUUUGAUCCGGACACUUUAAUGUGGGUAAGUAGCCGUUCAGAUCCAAAACAAAAACAUCUCUUUGAUGUACUUUUCUUAUUUUGAUUGUCUCUGAGACCCAGACCCAGGUGUUUGAAGGGAGGAAACUUUCUCGCACUAGUCCUCGUCAUCUUCACGACAAACUCACCAAAAAUGAGCUCCCGAAGGAUUACGGCUGACGAGGCUUUAUCGCAAAUUUUGAACUGGGAUAGUGAUUUAGAGGAAGAGGUUUCAGAGACGGAGGAUCUUUCAGAAUCAGAAGACAACGUUAUCGUUGAUGCUAACGAUCAAUCUUCCUACGAUGACGAGGAUUCAGAGGACGAGUCUGCCAUUGUCCCCCCAACAGAUGAAAACCAAGGAAUGCGGCAAUCGCCUUCCAGAGAGGUGACAUGGACAUCUAAGGACGGGAAUAUAAAAUGGUCAACAUCACCACAGAGUCGAGGCAGACCGUCUUCAGCUAACGUGAUAAAAAUGACUCCUGGUCCUACAAGAUUUGCCAUAACACGAAUUGAUGAGAUUCACUCAGCUUUUCAGCUCUUCAUAUCCCCACCAAUAGAAAGGAUUAUAUUGGAAAUGACCAACUUGGAGGGGAGACGUGUGUUUCAAGACAAAUGGAAGCCACUGGAUCGGACUGACUUGAAUGCUUACAUAGGAGUCCUGUUAUUAGCUGGAGUGUACAGGUCAAAGGGAGAAGCGACUGCAAGUCUAUGGAAUGAAGAGACCGGAAGGCCGAUCUUUCGCGCAACAAUGUCUCUGGAGACUUUCCACAUGAUAUCUCGCGUGAUCCGCUUUGACAACCGCGACACAAGAGCCGGCCGACGUGAAAGAGACAAGCUAGCUGCGAUCAGAGAUGUGUGGGAUAAAUGGGUUGAAAUUUUACCUUUGUUGUACAAUCCAGGUCCCUACGUUUCUGUCGACGAGCGUCUCGUUCCGUUCAGGGGGCGCUGUCCUUUCCGACAGCACGUGCCCAACAAGCCCGCCAAGUACGGCAUCAAAAUAUGGGCAGCCUGUGAUGCAAGAUCCAGCUAUGCAUGGAAUAUGCGAGUAAAUACUGGAAAGCUAGCGGGAGGAAAAGCCGAGAAGAAUCAGGGGAUGCGCGCGGUGCUGGAGAUGAGCGAGGGGUUGCAAGGUCAUAACAUCACUUGUGACAACCUCUUUACGUCCUACCGCCUUGGAGAAGAACUUCAGAAAAGGAAGCUGACCAUGUUGGGAGCAGUACGAAGAAAUAAGCCGGAACUUCCCAGUGAAAUUCUGAGGAUGCGAGGCAGACCUCAGCAUUCCUCGGUGUUUGCUUUCACCGAAAAAGCGACGGUUGUUUCAUACUGCCCGAAGAAAAACAAGAAUGUUCUUGUUAUGAGUACGAUGCACGCUGAUGUGUCUCUGAGCACAAGAGAGGACUUGAUGCCACAAAUGAUCCUGGAUUAUAACUCCACCAAAGGAGGAGUUGACAAUCUGGACAAAGUCACCGCCACAUACAGCUGCCAGCGCAGGACCGCCCGUUGGCCUUUGGUGAUUUUCUACAACAUCGUGGACGUGUCUGCAUACAAUGCUUAUGUCCUGUGGACUGAAAUCAACCAGCAGUGGAAUGCCGGCAAAUUGCAUCGACGUCGGCUUUUCCUGGAAGAGCUCGGCAAAGCGCUCGUCACUCCCAAGAUGCAGACUCGAGCCCGGCCAGCUCGGUCCCCUGCUGCAGCAGCUGUAAUUGAAAAGCUCAAGCUCAGGUCACCCAACCAACAUCAAGUGGAGACAGGUGAGAAGAAGAGGAAGAGAUGCCAGGUCUGUCCCUCCCGGGACGACAGUAAAACAAGUACUACUUGUGUGAAAUGUAUGAAUUACAUCUGCAGGAAACACACAGUAACAUUCUGCCCAUCAUGUGGAGAACUUUGAGAUUGUUGAACGUUCAAAAUCCGAGUAAAUAGCAGAUGUUAAAGGGAAAGUUUAAAAGAAAACUUGUGUGUAAAAAGUUAAGAACUUAAAUAAAAUAGUUCUUAAAUAAAGUGUUGGAAUUAAAAUAUAUUGUCACUUGACAAAAUGUUUAAGUAAUCUAAAAUAAAUCGAUUAUUGGUUUAACCUGCUUUCUUGACUGUUUCGCAUGCACUUACACAGUGCGAGUCAAAAUGACCCGCAACAUAAUCAAUGUAAUUUUUUUUCAACAUAAUAUAAGGGUUAAAUCUAGUGUUUACAUUCUUGAGACACUGCAGAUCGUCAAAUUAUAAAACUGCAUUUUUGAAGAUUAAAGAAAUGUUGGUAUUAA